GGGAAAUCGGCCGACAAUGUCAGACAUGCAGGUUGAAUGCAUGGUGGCUGAAGACAAAUUGAUGAGGCUGUAGAUACCCUAACCCUACAAACAAAAGUGCUGGGAUCACAAGAGAGACACCACGGCAGUGAGGAAAAUAAUGAAAUAGACAAAAGAUCGAUUGAUAUUAUAGACAUUCUCGAAUACUCUAGAUAAUCUCAAUAUGGAACAUUUCCCACAACCACAGCUUCCCUAACCCUUCUAUCUGACAAGUCCCCACCUGCCCUUUUGGGUCUCAGUCAACAUGUCUAUCAGCUUGCGCUCACUGCCUGGCUUCUUGAGCCAGACACAGCACACGCUCGCUUUUGGAAAAUAGCAAACACUUCACUGUUUGAUAUACUCACUCUUUUCUUGAGUCCGUUUGAUGGUUUGGUUUUUAUAAAAGGAGAAACGGGUGUCUCUGGCACCUAAACCUGCUGUCAAAAUGCCACUCGUCAGAACCGAUUCGAUGCAGGACAUCGACUUCACACUACGGCGCCAGUUUGGCAAGAAAUCAUUCAGACCACAGCAACGAGAAAUCAUCAACGCCACUCUCGAAGGCAAAGACGUCUUCGUCCAGGCAGCCACCUCCUUCGGCAAGAGCUUAUGCUUCCAACUUCCAGCCGUCAUCGACCACGGGAUAACAAUCGUCAUCUCCCCCCUCCUCUCCCUCAUGAUGGACCAAGUCAAAGCCCUCCGCAACUCCAACAUCGACGCCCGCACCCUAAACUCCAACACCCCCUUCGCCGAACGCGACCACAUCAUGAAAGACCUCGGCACCGGCCACCCCCUAACCCGUCUCCUCUACGUCACCCCCGAGCUCUGCUCCGGCCCCUACUUCCGCGAGCGUCUCGAGCUCGUCCACCGACAAAAAGAACUCGCCCGCAUCGCCGUCGACGAAGCCCACUGCAUCUCGGAAUGGGGCCACGACUUUCGCAAGGACUUUAAACGCCUCUCCUGGUUCAGGGAGCGCUUCCCAGACGUGCCCAUCAUGUGCCUUACCGCGACAGCAAACGAGCAAGUCCGCAAUGACAUCCUCACCACCCUCGGCAUCAACGGACCUAAUCUCAAGGCGUUUACCAUGUCGGCGUUUCGUCCCAACUUGCAUCUCGAGGUGAGGUUCACGAGCGAUCAGACAGACGACAGGUACGACGACUUUGUCUCGUGGCUCAAGGGGGUGUACGAGCGCAGGGGGAAACCGGACCGGAAACCGGAGCUGGACAAGAUGGGGGAGCGGGUGGAGAACGUCUCGGGGAUUAUUUACACCACUUCGAGGGACGAGUGCGAGUCGCUUGCUGCUUCGCUGAGGUCGCAUAACAUUGCCGCCAGGCCGUUUCAUGCCAAGCUUGCGAAUCAGGACAAGGAGCGGACGUUGCAAAAGUGGAUAAGGAAUGAGGUCGGCUAUGAUAUUAUUGUGGCUACGACUGCUUUUGGGAUGGGGAUAGAUAAAGAUGAUGUCCGGUUUGUGGUUCACUGGAGGCUUCCGAAAUCUUUUGAGGGGUAUUAUCAGGAGGCGGGGAGGGCGGGGAGGGACGGGAAGGCGAGUUACUGCUUUUUGUAUUAUUCUAGGGAGGAUAGGGAUCGGGUUUGUGGGAUGAUUGUCAAGGACAAUACGUCGGGGGAUAGGAGGGAUAACGGGGGGGAGGCGAACAAGCGGGCGAGGAUGGAGAGUCAUGAGGCUUUGGUGAGGUAUUGUGAGGAUACGGGGGGGUGUAGGCAUGCGGCGAUUACCAAGUAUUUUGGGGAGAAGGAGGUGCCAAAGUGUGAUUUUGCCUGUGAUUGGCAUAAGGAUCGGGAGGGCCUGAAGAGGAGGUGGAGGGAGGGGUUGGCAAGUGAGGAGUGGGUUUAUACGCAGAGGGAGGAGGGGGCUUUUGAGGAUUAUUAUUACAGUGAGUAG